CCCAAGCUCAAAUUUUGCGUCGUCCGCUUACUGCACAUACUUGGAAGACCUAAUUUAGGAUGUGAAGACUUCGCCACACGGGGCCGAGUUUGGGGUUCGCGGCAACGACAUAUGUCUAAGCGACCCGCCUCAGCAGCAGCCCUCCCCGCCGGCCAGCAGCGCCUUCGAUUGGACUUCUUCAAUGGCGAAAAGAAGAAGCAGGCGACCUCUGGGGGACCUGCAGGCGCAGCGAGGGGCCAGCCCUACCGCGGCGAUGGCGGGAGCGCAUACACUGCUUGCCCCGUGUGUGGUGUCAAGGUGCCCCUCUCCCUCAUCAACCACCACCUGGACUCCCCGGGGCAGUGCGGCGGCCCGCUACCGGUUGACACGGGGGCUGCAAGGGCUGCGGCGGCUGUCAGAGCGGGGACGGCAGGGGCGGCGGCAGCAGGGGCAGCUGCAGCAUCUGUGGCUGGGCCGGCAGCAGACAUAGCGGCGGUAUCAGCGUCCCGGGCAGCGGCAGCAGGGAAAGAGGCUGGAGCGCCGUCGGUUUGUCCAAUCGGCAUGGCUGUGGGGACAAAAAGCCGGUGCCUGGGCAGCAGCGCUGUGGGCCAUUCCGCACCGCGGGAACGGCCUCGGCCAACGGAAGCUGAAGCGGCCGCAGCGGCUGCAGCGGCGGCACCGGCUGUAGCCGGCCCCGCACCGGCUACAUUGGCAGCUGCAGAUAUUUGCAGUGUCUAUCAUUAUGAUUAUGACAAUGAUGAUAAUGGUAGCAAGGGCACUGUGGAGCGCAUAACAGAAAUUGUCACCAGCCAAGAGGAUGGCGAUGUUAUGCUGGUGGAGGAGGUGUCGGCGGAGGGAACGGCAGUAGCAGAAGCAGUGAGGGCGGCAGCAGCGCAAGCGGCAGCAGCGCAAGCGGCAGCAGCAACAGUGGCGGCGGCUCAGCCUGGCCGGCCCGGUGGGACCGAGCGCAUGCCUGACGUGGACGGAGCGAGAAGGGCAACAACAGUACCGGCUGAAGCAGCAGAAGCAGCGCCACGGGCGUCGGCGCCAAGUGCCGCGCGUGCAGCCUGCGGUGGGCCUCAGGAGUCAAAGACAGGCGAGGAAAUGCACGCGGCUGCUCGCGGCGCCGCUGGCGCGUGGCAGCCCGCGCCUCACCAGGCUCCCCCCAAGGACCAGGGCCAGGGCCAGGGUCCGGCGGCGGGCUCAGGUCGGAGGACUUCCCCACUUCCCCUGGCUCAGCCGCCCACACCUCCACAGCCCACGAACCAGCCGCCCGCGCCGCCACAGCCGCCCGUGCACGCUUUCUUUCAGGCGCGACGGCAACGGCCGUCCAGCGGCAGCCGCAACGGCAGCGGCGCUGGCGGUGGCGGCGGCGGUGCUGCUGGGGGUUUGGGACUGGGUGCAGACGAAAAUGCCGAGCCCGGGAACGGAGUGGAGGAGGAGGAGGCGGGAGGGGUGGAGGCGGCAGGCGGGGCGCUGUGUGGCCGGCAGCGGGUGCCGCCGCCACUGCCCGCGGGUGACGCGCCGCCAUUAAUGCGUGUGGUGCCGCACCCCCGGCUACAGGGCCAGGCGCUGGUGUUGGACUUUGUGAGUGCAGAGGAGGAGGAGGCGCUGUUGGGCCUGUGCGACACGCCCCACCCCGCACAGCCGCCCUGGCUGCCGCCCGCCUGGCCCCGGCUCGACCAGGGGCUGCAGGGGGCCCAGGGGGCGGAGGCGUGGGGCGGCGCACACGCGCUGGCCACCGUGCAGCGGAGCAGGAACAAGCGCUGGGGCGUGCAGCCCGACUACCACCGCCGCGGUGUGGCGCCCGCCGCCCACCCGCUGCCGCCGCUGCUGCUGGCGCUGGCGAGGCGCAUGCGGGCGGCGGUGGGUGGCCCGCUAAAGGACUUCUCGCCCAACGAGGCGAACGCCAUUGACUACCGGCGGUCGCACGGCUCCUGGCUCAAGCCACACGCCGACGACAGGAUCCUGAGUGGUGAGGUGAUUGUGAACCUCAGUCUGGCAGGGGACUGCGUCAUGACACUGGCUCGACUGGCGCCGCAGUCGGGGUCAGGAGGCGGAGGCGGUGGAGGAGGCGUAGCAGGAGCAGCAGGAGGAGGCGGUGCUGACGAAUUCCGGAUCCGGCUGCCACGUCGGAGCCUGCAGAUUAUGUCCAAGGCCGCACGCUACAGCUACAGCCACGGCAUCUGGCCCGCCGACCUGCUGGACGAGCGCCGCGUGUCCAUAACCUUCCGCCAUUCCAAGCCGCGGCCCUGUGCAAAGUAGUUCAGUAGUAUCAGAAGCAGCAGCACCAGCAACAGGCGCAGCAGUGGCAGCAGCAGCAGCAGUGGGAGUAGCAGCAGGCGCAGCAGCAGCAGGCGCAGCAGCGGUAGCAGCAGCAGAAGCAGCAGGAGCACCAGCAGCACCAGCAGGCGCAGGCCGGUGUCGCAGGCGCAAAGAAAUGCGUUAAGGGUGCACGCUCAAUAGGCUCGCCUGACCGUUGAUCGCUUACCGAGUUACCGUACCGUUUACCGCUGACGGUUUGAGUACACAGCGGUCCCGCCACCACACGUGGACAGGCAGUGCCGCCGGCUCCAUCGACACCAUGCAGGCACGACUCGGACCUGAGGCUGCGGUGAUACAGGGAUGAAGUACGUAGGCCACUCGCAGCCGUGGACCACCAUCCUCCUCCAGCGCUCGCGCCGUCCGUAACCGCCACAGGGGCGGGUUGGGAGCGUCGGCAACUGCUGGGACGGCCUCAGGCUGUGUGUAGCAGCAGCAGCCGGGGGAGGAGGAGGAGCAGCCGGGGGAGGAGGAGGAGGAGCAGCGUGAGAUGGAGGUAGAUGAGUCAGGUGGGAGUGAAGUAGUCGCCUUUGAAUAUUUGAUUUGGGUUUGAGUGCCUUCGCACGUCCAUGGACAAUUGACUUUCGCGAGGUUGCCCGAAAAGCAAGCCAUGGCUUUGCGCAGUAUGACUAGUAUAAGGCAGCCACCUCCUUGUUGAUUUGGGUCACAGGCAGUAGGGACUGAGAGGGCAGCGGUAGAGAAGGCAUGAAAUGAAUUGGCGUGCGUUGAACAUGAGGUCUGAAUGACGCACACGACACGGACGUGGUGGUGGGGUGGACUAAUAUGGACUUUGCACCCCACCCAACCGGCCACGUCCGGAUUUGCGGGGAUGCCAAAGGCCCCCAACAUAGAGGCGUGUGCUUAGUAGGCGCCCGCGUCAAGGUGGCUGGGUUGAUAACGACCCGGGAGGGGAGGGCUCAGCCCUUUUCCUGCCUCCCUAAGGCAGCCACCUCCUUGUUGAUCUGGGUUGAGAUUUGGGUGCACUUGUACAGUUGUACGCACCUGCUUGGGAUGAACUGACAAGUCUGAGGCUGGUGGUUUGGCAGCUCUCUUGGGUGCCUUGGCGUCAUGACGGAUUGCAAGUACGUGCCGUAGACAACCGGUAAGCGUGCCGCAGCUUGCUGGAAGUUGCUGUGCAGUGUGGUGAUGGCUCGGACAACCAAACGGCAGACAACGCAAAUGUGGCCGAAGCCACAGCGGGUCCACAAGUUAUGCGACUUGACACUACUUACGGCAAGGGGGCUGUAGUAUCGGAUUGAAGGUGCUAUUGAUAGCCGUGGAGGAAGGGGAGGAGGAGGAGGAGGAGGAAAGGGGGGGGGAGAGCCAAAAAGGUGUUCUCGGACAGGGGUUCUUGGGACUCGACUGAGUCCUAUGUCGGACGUGUCGGAGUAGGGAAACACUCAAAGCCGAGCGGGCGCAUGUUACCGCUAGAAACGUUGCAUGCGUAUAAAAGUUUACUUU